AUGGCCUCCCGUGUCGACGUCUCCGAUCUUGCGAAGAACCCCGUGGAGCUCGGGUGCAAAAUCCAAAUCACCAAGCACGUCGAUGCGGACACAACUGCCCUCCUACACCCGUUGCUUGAAGGAAACAAAAAAAGGCAUUUGAGCAGGAUUAAUGGCAGCAACUAUUUUGGCAAUGGCUUUGUAGGAAUGGCAUUGUCUUAUGGUCUAUCCCUAAAUAAUUCCUUUGUUUUCUCUAUCCAAAAUCAGUGCCAGCUAUCAAAUCAAAUUAUCUCUGUGGAAAAGGUGGGCCAUGGCAUAGGACACUCUAGACAAUACAAAUUCGUUGCAUUCAUGGUGAUUGUUUCUGAUUUUGGUAUUCAACGAGAUGUAUGGGACGGGUCAAUGCUGGUGCUGAGCAGGAAAUUGAAGAUCCAGCUUAUGGUUAUUUCUGAAGCAAUCAUGUUGUUUCACUAG